AUGGAUUAUGAGGAAACACACUGGAAUUACAGAAAAUUUGAACUGAAAGACAUGAAGUCAACAUCGGUACGAGGACAGCUUGGGGUCCGCAGUGGGCCCCUUGCCCCAACAGCAGCCAAGUUGACCACACAGUACCUGGUCCUGGACCAUAUGAACAACCACUACAGCAAAAUCUCUAAAGCCAGGCCUGCAAUUGAUAACAGACCACCGAAGUCUAUGGCAACCAGCCAGAAAGCUCGAGACAGGAAGACCAGGGAUCACAUCCAGAAGACUGGCAGUCGACCAACGUCUACUAAUGCUGCACGGCGCCCUCACACCACAACUGGCUACUACCAAGAUGACAUUUAUGAUGAAAACUUAUGGGGUGAGCCAGAUCCGGAAGAUGAGGAGAGUCAGCUUAUCCAUAGCAUAAUGCGUACAACUCUCAGGGGUCAGCAGGACCAGUACGCCACUGAUUUAGACCAGAACGGCUUUGACCAGUACUCCCGGGUUCCACGGCAACGACCCAGCUCUGCCAGGUCACAGCGCUCCAUGGCUAGUGGUGUAUCAAGAACCAUGGUACAGGUCGCCAAGAAGGGAACGUAUGAUGGAGAUGUGUUGGAAAAACAUUCCCAAGUUUUCACUGAGGGCAAGCCUUUCACUCCAAGGACAAUAAAGAAUGACAGAAAGUCGAGGCUCAGUCAGUACAAAUACUACAACAAAGUUCCACCUAAGUCUGAUACCACAAACCGGAAGGAACCUGUUGUAGAGGAGACAGAGAGGAAGGAGGUUGUCGUAGAACAAUCCCGCCCCAAACCUAAACCACGCCAGCCCCGUCUUGACCAGACUCGGGAGGGCCCAGUCACAAUGAACUCUCUCAUGUUUGAGACCCUCCACAGCCGCGAUUUCAGCAAGUAUGACGACAAUGAGAACAAUCCUGGUAUUCCCAAGCUGGAUAUCUCCAUGGAUACAGACCACAUUAAAUGGGUCAAAGACCAGGCUUCCAAGGCUAAGUUGCGUCAAAAUAAUGAUACUCUAAAGUCCACUUUGAGAGAAGAUCCCUAUGAUACAAGUGUUGACUUUGGAAAAACUGGUGAAAUGUCGCUUACUUUUGGGACUCUAGGUAGCACAAAAACAAGACCCCCGGUGGGUAGCAGUAGGAAGAUGUCUGUAGAGGACGAGGAAGGGGAGUAUGUGCGGUUCAUGCGGGACGUGACCAACGAGAUCCUGGACAGGGGCAUUUACACAGACAGGUCUGUGCGACAGGUGUUUAAAGCCCACAUUUCCAGAAACAGAGGCAAGCUCGAUGAGUUGAGACUUCAUCAGAUCACAGACGAUAUCAGACAACAAUUGAACAUUCCACGGUAUGAUAUCAAUGAUGACACAAGUCUCUCCAUGACCAAGAUCGACGAGCCACUAGUUAAUGGGGUAGACCACAACCUGGACAAGUACCUGAACAUGGAGAGAAGGGCUGGGCAAAGAGGCCUUGCAGACCAGGAGUUGGAGGAUGGGGGGCUGGAUGGAACCUUGGAGACUAGUGGGGUGUCCCGGGCAUCCAAGGUUAGCACUGAGCCAUCUGCAGACACAUACAACUUCAAGAGCACUGAAGAUGAUGAUGUGUACAGUACUAUACGCUCUGACAUGAACAAUACAGCAAAUCUCACAGACACACAGGCCCUGCGGACAUACCAGGCGAGCAUCAAUGAAAAGGAUGAGUUUGAAGAGGGGGAGAUUGAAGUGCGGCCGGCAGUGGAUAGGGCUGGACGGGGUGGGGCAGAGCUUGAGGAUGGGGAAAUCCAUCAGGGGGGACAGGAGGGGGUUGGCAGGGGUGGAGAUGACGUGGGGAGCGUCAAGGUACGAGAAACUGAUGAGGAGGAGUAUGAUGAUGAUGAUGAUUACUAUGACGAUGAUUAUGAAGAUGAUGGUGAUGAUGAAGAGGAUGUGCAUCCAACAGACCAAACUGCAACAUACAGAACAGAUGAUGAUGACUUCUGAUCUGGUCAUUUAAAAACUAGACCAAAAAUAUGUUGCAAAUACAUGAUGAAGGAUCUCAGAAUUCUUGAACUUUUAAAAUAACAGUUUCAAGAUUGUGGGUUUGAAAUGGUUCUUUCAUUCAGAAUACACCAAUUUAUUCUUGGUUUGGACCAAUCUCAUUGAAAGCUUUGUUAUACUCAGCAUGCAGAGAUAAAUCCACUAUGCCUAAAUGAAUUCUUAAUUUUUACUGUUUGUUUUAUAGAAAUGUGACAAGAAUCUACAGUCACCAAUUUUGAUCAGGGUUACUUCUUUAGGGUUAGGUUUGUUUUUCAAAACCGUCCAUAUAUUCUUAGUCAUACAUUAUUUAUUGUUGGAGCUGUAUUUAUCAUGUCUCAAAGAGAAAUCCCAUUAUAUAUAUUAUAAUAUUGUUAUGAAAAUAUAUUAAAUAUCAGAGUUUAUUAUAUUUAAUUAAUGUAGUUUUUACAUUAGUGCAAUUCUAUCACUGGUUGACAUCUCGAUAUUCUAUAUUUACAGUUGUUACAUUCCGUUUAUAGUUGUAUGAAAGUCAUAUAGGAGUCAUAUUUUUCAUUUUAUUGUAUAACUCUAUCUGACUCUUUAUUGUAAUUCAUCAUCAUCAUCAUCAUCAUCAUCAUCAUCAUCAUCAUCAUCAUCAUCAUCUUCGUGAUGAAAUGUUUUUAUUUCUGUUUCUGUGAUAUUUAUGUUCCAUUUGCUCAUUUUCUAAUCAAAUGUGAGAGAAAAUUGUAAUGCAAAUUUUAUAAAGGAAAUGCAAUUAUUUUAAAUGAAUAGUAUUUUAUAUUUUUAAUGGUUGAAAAGGUGAUACUUACUUUUUUAUCUGCUGAAUAUAACCAGUCAGUAUUGUGCUUUUAUCAUACCUGAUAUACUGCUGUUGAGAAUGAGGAAAGUCAAUGUCACAAUACAACUCAGUAAAGAUCCUGUUUAAUUAAUUUUUUAAGUGUUUCCAAAUCCUUUAUUAACUGAAUGCAUUGCUAUGUUUUUAGUCCAGAUAACAAUUAUUCACAUAGGUCAGAGAUCACUUAAAGAUUUGUUCAUGAAUGAUUUUUAUGAACCUUUCAGUUUAUGUAAAUAUGAAAUAGUGAUAUGAUCAGAUGAAUAAGGCAGAUAUUGCUAACCACUUAUAAAUCAUACCAUUGAAUAGUGCAAUAUUGUGAUAUGUACAAGAUUUCAACGAUGAACGAUUCUGUUUCCUGUUGCGUCACAUUUAGAUUUUAUGGAAUUAUAUGCAUGUAUUUUCAUGUGUACUUUGAUAACAUUAUGGCAUUUUCUUCGUUUAACAUUCCUGUUAAUAUAGAUAGAUAGAUAGAUUUAUUUCAACAUAAAAUGUACAAUUUACAUGGAAAUAUAAAAGCAAUAGAAAUGCAACACUUGUAUAUAUUUAUACACAUAUUUGUAAUGUCAAAACCUCUGCAUGUAUCAUCAAACCAGAGCCUAGGCAAAACUAUCCAAAUUUAAUAUUGUUAUUUUUAUCACAUUUGUUUCAUUGUAAUUGUUUAUUUCUGUAUAUAAUCAGAAUUUGUUCAUGGUACGGAAUGAAAUAGAUUUAUAUCUAAGAAGA